AUGUCUCGAUUAGGCUCCCUGCCGGCCAACCUCUGCGCCCACCUCCAAAACACCUCGCGCGCAUUCCACCCUCGCACAGCCGUCCCCUACACCUCCUCCUCCCUUGCCAUCUCCUCCAUCCUCCUCCGCUCUGGACUGGUUUCCAACGUAUCUUUGGGCUCCCCAGAAGGCCCCGAUCCCAAAAACUUUGAGGCUUUGCCCGUACCAGCAAAGAAGCUUUGGAUAGGGCUGAAGCACCGGGAUGGGCAACCGGUCUUGAGGAGGAUGGGCUUGGUGUCAAAGUCGUCAUUCAGAGUGGUAGUCUCGAGGGAAGAGCUGGGAAGAUUAUUGGUGGGAAAGAGAGCGAGGAAUGUGCCGGGUGUGGGCUUGGGAGAGAUCUUGAUAGUCAGGACGGCAGAGGACAAGAGGGAAGGCAGGACUGGCGUAAACAGAUAUAUGGAAGGCUGGGAAGCAUGGAGAGCUGGUCUUGGAGGAGAAGUGCUUUGUCGCGUGGCUUAG